GCACGAUCGGAUCGGAUCGUGGCCAGGGAACCCCCGGCAGGUCUGGAUGGCCAGAGGCGGGUGUGGCAGACUCUUGGCUUUCUCUCGGCAAAGCAGCACGUCCAGCGCCUGUACGUAUUAGCUUGUGUGGCACAAAAGCCAGGGCGGAAGGCUGGCUGUAAGGAUGUUGUGGAUGGCGAACCUGUGUAGAGUUCCAUCUGCAGUCGGGCAGCAGGCUUGACAUGGCGUUGAUCAUCUUGGUGGUCGGUGUGACGAAACCAUAGUUGCCAAAUCGAGGAAUGUGUGCCCUGUGUGUGUGUGUGUGUGUGUGUACCUGUUCUGGCGUGUCCUCCUGCACAGCCGACACACACAUAGACAGAGAAAACUAUGAGAGGCGCCCUCUCUCUCACUGUGUGCGUAUGCAUGUGUGAAUAUAGCCGACCUGAUUGUAAUGUGCAAAAGCCCCUUCACCAUCGCAAGGAAAUGUUUCUGGAAAGAAGGAAGCAGUGUCCCGCAGUCCUUGUGAUACACACACGGUCAAACAACCGAUCAGACAUGCACAUGCGUGUGAGUAUGUGUAUAUGUACCUGACGAACUUGAUGAGGUCGCCCUCACUCGAGUAUUCCAUGAAGGUGUGACGAGUAUCUGUGUGCACCCCUCGGUCUGCGUCAUGGCCUCGGUGGCGCUUGAGGUGGUCAGUUUGACGGGGCUGCUGGAUGUUUCGACACGUGGGCAGCCUGCAAACACAUCCAAGAAAGGGUUGCCUGCUUGUGUAAUAUGUGAAAUCGACUGCGUGUGUGUGUGUGCGAGUGUUGUGUGCACCCACCUGACGAUGUUGUCGUGUUUGAGAGGCGACCAGUAGCCGACUUCCUCGUUCCACUGUUGAAUGGCUUGGCUUUCUGCAGACACACCACACACACAGAGGUGGGAGGGCGGCCGGUGUGUGCUCUUUGUGGGCAUGGUAUCGACUCACGGGUUUCUGGCCUGACGUGAGUGAUCUUGGCAGCCACCAGGUCGGCUGCACACACACAGGAACACACGAACACCAUUUAGGCCAGAUGCACUUGCGCACCCCACCCACACAUGCAUGUGGUUUGCUUACUCGGUGUAUCUGUCAGCUUGGUGGCCACAUGCACGUGACCGCCGCUCCCACACGAGAGAAACUGCAUAGAUGAUACACAGAUGACUGACAUACACGCCAUCACUGUGUUUGUCAGUACGCACCAUGCCGACUAGGUGUCCACCAGCAACGGCAACCCGUCGGAGUGACUUCGUCGUCUCGUUUGUCUUGACGGUGAGCAGGCGCCGAUAGGCGGCCAUGAACACGUGCCAUUUCUGAUUGAUUCGUCGACACACAGAAACAAUCAUGGACGGGGGCUCGAUCUCUCCCUCCGUGUUUCUGCUGGCUUGCCUUGAGUUUCUCCUCGGCUUUCUCUCCGGUGGGUUGGCCGCCUGUCUGCGUGGGCGGAUGGAUGGAUGGAUGGAUGCAUCGAUGUCACAUCAUAUAUGGAAAGUGAAUGGCGAGUGUGAUUUCCACCCACCAUUCCAGGUUGAAGUGAUCCAUCAGCCUGUCCCCUAUCCGCUCCUCCCCAUACCUACACACAACACGGUACAGACAGAUGCGAUCCAGUCUGAGCUCGUCUCUGUGGCGCUCAGCUCACCUCUGAUUAGGUAGCGCAGUUCGAGCAGCUCUCUCAGCAUCUCUGCGGCGCCUUGGCGAUCCUCGGUGUGGGGGACAUUAUCACUUGACGACCGGACCGGCACCCUCCACUUCGACGCUGCAGGCAGGGUGGGAGUAGGCAGCAUGUGUACGCCCGCCAUUGAACGCCGCCAUUCCUGUGAUGAGGAGAAAGGCCGGCUCGUGUGCUGAAAGUGUCUGCCGUGGAUUCGUUCACCCCCUAUCUCUGGAAUGCGUUUUUUGCGGGAAACCGCAAACCAAGAUUCGAUUGAUCGCGAAACCCGAACGGGGAGAAAAAUGCAGGAAAACUUCUCGAGUAAAUUAGGGUUUGUGGGGUUGUCGCGUCUCGCGCGAAAAUCUCGUGGAACUUGCUUCCUUCUUCCGAUUGUGUCUAUUGUGUAUCACCGCAUCUUGCGAGAGUAAUAGCGCUGCGGUCAGCUGCCCUGGAUCCGUUUCCAUGCUCAGCCAGUAGGCUCUUGCGAUCUCAUUCUUGGCAGACUCUGACUUAAG